CUCAAUCCAAACAUGCCGGGAGAACUUAUAUUUCAGCAAAUUACUUCAUUGUUUCUUUUAAAUCCCUAAUAACUGCACACAAUAGUACGGACCUCCACAGACCACAUCAACCCAUCCCACCUCCCGUUUCAGAGCUCGACAACCUCAACUGCUGCAUCAGUUCAUCGCGCAUUCAGCACGAGUCGCGACGCCUCGACCGCCUCCACGCCGCGCCGCCGCCAGACGACCACCAGACACCCCGCGCCCAGUUCGACCGGCCAGACUAACAAUCCGACACGCGCACGCCCAGGAAGUUCAUACUAGAAAUGUCUUUUCCUGCUAGUGCUAUUGCAAGCCCUUCUACAUUUCCAACAGGGUCUCAAGUGUGUAAACAGCUUACCAAACAUAUUGCAUUUGUUCCAGUUGGACUAAAGCCUCUUUAUGCAAAAUCACAACUCAGGCAAUACAGAAGAAAUAUAAUAUGUACUGCACAGGGGGGACGUACUUCCAUAAUUUGUUCAGCUGCUCUGAAUGCAAGAUGUGCGGAAGGACAAACCCAAACUGUUACUCGUCAAUCAUCAACCAUUACUGUCGCACCUAUUCAAGGAAAGGAAAAAUCUCCAGAGCUUGAUGAUGGCGGAGCGGGAUUACCGCCCCGUGAUGAUGAUGGUGAUGGCGGUGGAGGUGGUGGAGGAGGCAACUGGUCAGGCGGUUUCUUCUUUUUUGGCUUUCUUGCUUUACUAGGAUUGUUGAAGGACCAAGAAAGUGAAAGACCUUAUCAAGAAGACAGAAGAUGAAUGAUUUUUUCUGUGUAGUAAUAUGUUCACUUGUAAUUCAUCCAAAAAAAAUUUGUUCACUUGUAAUAGGAAAACUAUUACACACUUUUGAUCCAAAAGAAAUUCAACCUCUCCCAUCUUCAUAAAAAUUACUUCCAAAGACUACCUAUGAUUUGACAAAAAUCGUUGUAAAACAAGAUCUAAAAC